AUGUCACUUAUUCGUGAAAUGGAAGACGAGGUUGAACUAUGCAAGAUCCAGGGGUUAGAACUAAUAUUGAAAUCAAUAAAUUGUGAAAAAUAUGUAUCCAAAUUCGAAAAACAUGGAAUUAAUGAACAUACGUUAAUUCUUUUGUCAGCGGAUGAUCUCAGGACCCUGGAUGUUGAUAAUAAGGACAUUUAUACUAUAUUGAGUGCAAUAAAUAUACUCAAUAAAACAUUGAAGAACUGUGAAAUAAGAUUAUCAAAUGAUGAAAUUCAACAAAUACAAUCCAACAUUUGUGGGCAACUUGGAUAUAUUGCUUUAGCUUUAAGUCAUAUACAUAAUUCAAUCACUAACGAUGAAAAUAAUUUAAGUGAUAUGUUAAUUGAUAACCAUAUAUCAGCAAUUGAUGCAGCUUUAAUGUUAAAGCCUUAUAUGAGAGCAGAAGAAAAAAACAUUGAAAAUUCAUUAAAAAAUGUUUUUAAGAUUACAACAAGAAGAAAAACUAUCAUGAUUACUACGACAAUGUGUAUGGUCCUCGUAUUUGGUCUUACAUUUCGACGUCUAAAUUAUUCAUUAAACUUUAAUGCUAUAUUCUAA